CAAUGGCCAAUGGGUGACUUCUCCUCUACUAGUCCGACCAUUGUAACCCUGACCCUCCAAAUUUCAUUUCGUAAAAUUUGCUGCAAUUACGAGGGAAAUUCCAUAUUUCUCCACAAAUUAAAGUCUACACUCAUUCCAUUAUUUCCCCUCUCUAUCUAUAAAUUUCGAAUUUCGUAUUUACAGUAUCGAUUCAAGUAACUUCUCGAGUGUAAAAUCAUUGAAGGAAUUUUUUCGACAAAUCCAAAAAUUGAAGAAUGCACAUCAGCCACUCAGAAAAAUCUCCACAAGUUUGUCAUCAGGUGGAGAGCCAUGAUACAAAGUAUGUCUCAGGGCUUAGCACUAUGCUAGUCGCCACGAUUCAAGAAGUGAAAGAUAGAGUUUCCCAGAUAGAAUACAUCUUUUGCAGUCAGCUGUACCCCAAUAUUCAAAAGAGUUCGAAAUCCUUCCAGCAGUUGUACUCAGAAGCCAAGAGUGCUGCUGAAAAUGAGUGGAAGGAGAGGCAAAGUGAACUCGAACUUCAAAUGAAACAACUUUGUCUUGAAAAGGAAAAAGUGCUCGAUGAAUGCAAAGCUUCUAAGGCGGAAAAGUCAAGACUAUUAACCAGGAUAGCUGAGUUGGAGGAUAAGCUGUCAUACAACGUGAAAGAAGUUGAUGAUGGACUGGAAUUGCAUGCUAAAUUACUUGACCUUAUUGAGGUGAAAACUGUCACUCUAAGAGAUAAAGAACGACAGAUCAAAGAGCAUGAAGAAAGAGUGAAGCUUCUUGUUAUUAAAUCAGAAGAACUUGAGGGAAACAUUAAUGCACUUAACAAGAAGCUUCAGGAGAAGAAUGGAGAGCUAACCAAGGAAAAAGAGUUGACAAAGGAGUUGCAGAGGCAAAUAGAGUCACAAGAGCUGAAGAUAACGACUGCUGAACAGAUGCUGAGCGAUAAUGAAGAAGAAAAGAAAGAAUUCUCAGUGAAGCUGAAAAAUAUGGAAGCCAGUUUGGAUGGUCUCAGAAAUGAGCUUAGGAUAAAGAUUGCUGAAGCAGAUGAAAAAAAUCAGUUGCAAGAGAAAUUAGUACUGCAACUCAAUUCGUAUGGCACAGAGCUGACAAAGAAGAAUCAGCAGCUGUCUGCUCAUGAGCGAGAGAAACAUAUCCUUUUGUCAAGAGUAAACCAUCUACAGAACAAAGGGAAAGAGCUUCAAGAGAGUCUCAGAGAGGGGAGUGCUGGAGUAACAGAUAUAAGAGAUCCUCGUUAUGAUUUGGCCAAGCAGGUUGAACAGAAAACUUCAGAGCUAGCAGCGGAGAGGCAGAGAUUAAAAGAUUAUACUACAGCUUAUAAAAAGCUCAAGUCUCAGCACUGCUUUUUGCUUAAAAAGUUUGGUCUCGCUGACAAAGAUCUUCUGCUUCAAAUGAAAGAAGAAUAUAGUGAUCCAUUGAAGAAUGAUGAAACAAACAUCACAUUAUCUGAAAUUAAGAAGAAAAUUCCAGUGAGUAAUGUGGUGGCUUGUGAGUUGAACAAAGUAAAGCAAGAGAUUAAGACUAUGGAGUGCUCAGAUGAUGAGAAACUGGGAAGACUAGAUCAGAGUGUAAGUUCCAAAUCUUUAUCUGGUUCUGACUCUCCUACUGCAAUCGGUUGGACCACUAGUAGGAACUUGGGCUCAUUAGCUGGUGGAAAGCGCCCAGGAUCUGGGUGGAGAGAGACUCGGUCUCGUCAAAGUCCUGGUGGACCUGAUCCACAUGAUGAUUUUCUUGAUACACCCUAUGAAAACAUUAGGGGAAAUUUGCACAAGACCUCAAAAGAUAGAGUGCGUGGUGUUCCAGCUGAGCAUUCGAAAGGCAUGAACUCAGAUGAAGAGACGCAGGACAUGGAAGCUGAACCUGGACCCAAAAGGCAGCAUUCGAAAGACAUGAAUUCAGAUGAUGAGACACAGGACAUGAAGGCUGAACCUGGACCCAAAAGACAGCAUUCGAAAGACUUGAAUUCAGAUGAAGAGACACAGGACAUGAAAGCUGAUCCUGGACCCAAAAGACAGCAAUUGCAAGCUCCUACAUCUGGACCAAAAGGAUUUAAAUAUGUGGAACCUGUUAGGAAGAAGGCAGAGCGGCAAGACUUGAACGGAGUAGAGUGCAAGCAGUGCAAAAAGUUUUACGAUGCUGUCCUGCCUGACGUUGUGUCCAAAAAUGGAGAAGUUAGUAAACAGAAUUUUCGAUGUGAGCAUCAUGAUGGGGUUUCAAGGCAUAGGUACAGGUAUGUACCUCCUAUGACCCCUGAAGGAUUUUGGAAUAUUGGAUUUGACAGUGAAACUUAGUUUAAUGGAUUGUAUACUGUUAUCUCUUUUAUAUCCAUCAUAAGUGCUAUAGUCCAUUCUAGUCUGUGCUCAAUGUUAGAGAGGACAAAGUCCUUGAGGAUGGAGCUGAUCCUCUAAAUUGCUGGCCUUGUUUUAAAUAAUUCUUGUAAAUUUAUUAGAAUUUAGAUCUUUGCUAUUUCCACCUCUAGCAUGUCAGAAUCAGCAUUUGGUCUAAAGUGAUAGAAUUGGCUAUGAUCAGUCAGCACAGAAACUGUGUCAAAAGAUAUUGGUCUAUAGCCUUGUUUGACCUGUAGUGCUGUGUGGUUUGGUUUAGAGAAUCUACAUAUACUGCUGUUUACUAAUUAGUAUCCCUGGGAAUCGGCAUGAGAUUAAAGUUUCAGUUUAAGAUGUUAUGCUUAUAUAUUGAUCUACCAGAUAUCUUCUAAUA